AUUGCUAUAGUCUUUGUACACACGAUAUCAUUGUCGCACUGUGUUAAUGGGUCUUUGAAAUUUUGUUCGGGGGAUCACGAAACAUAAAUAAUGUUCCUAUCCCGCCUGAUAUGAUUAUGAAGACCUUUAUGAAUAAUUCAACCGCGAGCGUAUCGUUAUUGAGAAAACUGACGUUUUCCUUGCUCCAGUAGGACGGCAGUACGCGGCUAUUGAACCGUUGGUCCAGUCACCUUGUAGGGCAUUCCGUUUGUGAUUUGGCACUCAAUCGAACAAUGUCGGCGACCACUCGAAAUGUCCGUCACCAGACGCUCGAACAACAAAAACAACUGCUAGAGAUGAAAAUGCGGCAAAUAAGACAAACUCCACAGAUUAUCAAAGCUUCUGACAAUGUUAUACCUAGUGCUAGAAUACGGCCCAAAUCUGGCCGGACAUUAGAAAUGAACUGUUAUGAUGGUCCAUUAACUUACGCAAUGAUGAAUAGCAGUCCCGAUUCUAGUGAUAUAUUAGGUGUGUCAAGACAUUCUAUAAACCACGAUAUUAUUGAAGAUAUGAGGAAAGAAGUAGCAGAAAUGACAGUUGAUGAGCGUAGAGCAUCUUUAGAUACUGAAGAUGAAGAAUCUAGUUCCAUAUCUCCAGUUAAAAGUUCUAUACACAUUAAAGAAAAUAGCCCAUUUAUUUAUCCUUCUUCUGCUAUUACUGAAACAAAUGAAUUGGAAGGAGAUGUAUUUGGUAAUUUAGAAACAUUUGUUUUGGAACCGGCUGCUCAAGGUGUUCACUUUAAAUGUCGCAUUACUAGAGAUAAAAAAGGCAUGGACCGAGGACUAUAUCCUACAUAUUAUUUACAUUUAGAUAAAGGAAAUGGGUCAAAAAUUUUUUUAUUGGCUGCCCGUAAACGUAAAAAAAGUAGAACAUCAAAUUACCUCAUAUCCACUGAUCCAACAGAUUUGUCUAGAGGGGGUGAUGCAUAUGUUGGCAAGCUUAGAUCAAAUUUAAUUGGCACUCAGUUCACUGUAUAUGAUAAUGGUACAUCACCAUAUAAAUCAACAGUUGAAGGAGUGCUAGAAAGGCAAGAAUUAGCAGCUGUGGUAUAUGAAACAAAUGUGCUAGGAUUCAAGGGACCACGUAAGAUGACUGUUAUAAUACCAGGCAUGAAUAAAAAUCACCAACGUGUUAAGAUAGCUACAACAGAUAAUUACAGUUCACUAUUAGAAUAUUAUCGGACAAAAAAUAUGGACGAUCUUAUAGAAUUACACAACAAAACACCACAAUGGAAUGAAGAAACCCAAUCUUAUGUUCUCAAUUUUCAUGGAAGGGUCACUCAAGCUUCAGUAAAAAAUUUUCAAAUUGUUCAUGACAAUGAUGUUGAUUACAUUGUCCUUCAAUUUGGUCGUAUUUCUGAUGAUCUCUUCACAAUGGAUUACAGAUAUCCGUUGUGUGCAAUGCAAGCUUUUGCCAUCACUCUUAGUAGUUUUGAUAGCAAAUUAGCCUGUGAAUAGUAGAAAUAUAUAAUAUUUCCAAUAACAUUUCUUAAAAAUAAUUUAAGUUAAUUCUUUAAAUAUUAUAACUUUGAAUCUCAUAUAUUAUGAUCUUAGUUGUCUAUUUUUUUUUUUCUAAUCUUAUAUCACUUUAAACAGGUGGACGCCUAUUUAUUUUUACUUAUGCACCAAAAAUUUUUAAUUUAUUCUAGUCUCUAUUCUUUUAUUUAUUAU